CCCCCCAGUAGUCGCGUACUGCUGCCAGCGCUUCUGUUAGCUAGCUACAGACGAGAUAGCUGCCGUUUUCAUUUUACUGUCUCAGCACAAUGGCAUUUCUUUGAAGAGGCUGUUUGGGAAAAUGACUUCUAGGUAUUUCCCCACCUGUAACUUUCAGAGAAGACACAUUUUCCUCCGUGAAGCCAGCCUUUUCACUCCGAGCUCGGCAGUUAAACGGCGCUAGCAAUUCGGUUCGUCUUGACAAGCGGCUCGCCUGGCUCAGCUGUUCGCCGCUGCUCCGUGGGGGAUUUGGACAAAGCACCUCAGAUGUUGGACGGUAAAUUUAUCCACGGACCCUUUUUACACCUGGUAGUGAAACUGAGUCAACAGGCUGAACCUCUGUCGCAAUAGUGCCAUACCGAAGGAGAGGACUGAGGUCUAUUUUUGGAGGUCGAGAGUUUGCAUCUCUCACGGAAAGAGGAGGGGGGCGUGUGGAAGAGGAAGACCCACCAAGAAAACGGAACGUAGGGGAAGAAAAUCCUGAUGCCAGUGAUGGCAAACGAGCCGAUAAUCCUGAACGUCUAUGAUAUGACAGAGGGAAUGAACGCUGGUAAGCAGGGACGAAGUUUGAGUGGAGCAAGACUGAACACAACAGAGGUGCUCACACGAUACUGUCACCAAAAGAUACUGUACUGGAUAAAUGAGUUCACCACCUCUCUUGGCAUCGGAGUCUUUCACUCAGGGAUCGAGGUCUAUGGCAGAGAGUUUGCUUAUGGCGGACAUCCAUACCCAUUCUCAGGGAUAUUUGAGAUAACACCAGGUGAUGCCACUGAGCUCGGCGAGACCUUCAAGUUCAAAGAAGCCAUAGUGCUGGGCAGCACGGACUUCACUGAGGAGGAUGUGGAGCGGAUCGUAGAGGAAAUGGGGAAGGAGUAUAAGGGCAACGCCUACCACCUCAUGCACAAGAACUGCAACCACUUCUCCUCAGCUCUGUCAGAGAUCCUGUGUGGCAGGGAGAUCCCUCGCUGGGUUAACCGCCUGGCCUACUUCAGCUCAUGUGUGCCAUUCCUCCAGAGCUGUUUGCCCAAAGAGUGGCUGACACCUGCCGCCUUACAGUCCAGUGUCAGCCAAGAGCUCCACGCAGGAGGAGAACUGGAGGAGGCAGAGGACGCCGCCGCCACAGCCUCCUUGGCCUCUAUGUCGCCCUGCUCUCCUUCGUCUUCCUCCAGCCCCCCCCUGCCCCGUCAGCCCCGCUACCAGCCCCGCCGGUAGGAGCCGAAGGUUCUGCUCAAGACCGGGUGGGAUGGCCUUAUGGUUAGAGAGACUGUCACACAACAGAAAAGUCACAGAUUGGAUCCAGCUACAGCCAUGUGGCCUGUCAAAGUGUCCUUGAGCAAGGCACUGAACCCCUGCCUGCUCUGGGAAAGAGUGUCAACUCAUGCCUAACAUGUAAACAUGACAGAGCAGAUGAACAAUUUUAUUUUAUUUUUUUUUUAAUCUGCAGGAGGAGAAUCUCUGACCAAGGCAGGGAACUGUUAUCUGCCAGUGAAAGUGGCUGCUGGAUUCCAAGAUUUCCAAUAUUUUCCUGAAACCUUCAGUUUCAUUAUUUUGCCAGCCAAACUGCAUUAUUAAGUCGAAAAGGGCUGGGUGUUUACCUGCCAAAGUGUCUCCUAGAAUAGCAAAUAAACCAGCCACAACCAAAGUUUGCCAGUACUUGUCUGGUCUUAAUUUCCCACUCUGCCUCUAAAUCCAGCUUCUUGCUGUAGUAAUAUGGGGCAAGAUGGAAACCCAUGAGGGGGCAUGCUGAAAAAGGACCUCGGUUUGUAACCUGAGUCCUUGCUCAAGCCAUAACCCUGGAAGACAUGACUCCAGACCUGAAAUUCAGGGGAAGCUCUAUCCCCUCAGCCACACACCCUUCAUCAUAAUUGCAGGGACUGCUUGCAUUCCUCUGUACAAUGAUUGAUUUAGUAAACGUGAGGUAUCCACUAAGAUCAGUGGAGUUCAUCUGCAGCCAAGUUUGCUCUGCUGAAAAACAUGGAAACAAGGUGACUGUGGUCAAAACAGACCAGGGUUUCUCUUAUUGCUUGUCCUCCAAUACCUAAGACCCCUAUCCCAUUCCAUACCUAAGAUCUCUGUCAGAUUCAGAGCUGAAAAGUAGCACCCCAUGGUCCAAAUGACAUUUCAAAGAGUUACCUUACAGUGAUGGUUUGGUGCUGACCUGACAGUCCUUCCCUAAACCCUUCAAACUGUGAUUCACCAAUAGGUGAGGCAAUACAAAUACAGGUGGCCUGAUUUUAAGAGAAAUAGCACAAGAGACUCCAGGUUCAAUCAGAAGACCAUGGCAAGUAUUGUCUUGCCAGCAUCUUGUCACCAAGUGGAAGAUUCAGAAUCAGAUUACUUUAUUGAUCCCAUGAAGGGCAAUUCAUUGGGCAUGAUUAUACUUGGCCAUAAAAAGUAUUUCGCAAAUAUGCCAGUAAAUUGCAAGUGUUGCCUUCAGCAAGGAAGAACAUUGUGAAUAUCUCAAAAUCAAUCACACAAAUCAUUUUGGAUAUCAUAAAGGUCUCUAGUGAGUCAAAGGAAUGAAAAUCAUGAAAUUUUUAAUCAUAAUGAUGAUGAUAGAUUACUACCAGCCAAGGGCUGGCAUAUUUUGACUGUGGCUACUCCUGCUGCUUAAAGUUCAACCAUACUGUCUCUACAAAUCAUAUGUGGCUGGUAAAAUUGUGAAAGCAGCUGGUGAAUUUUGGAAUCUUGGAAUACACUUUCCUACAUUGCCUCAAAAAGCUGCCUGUGAAUCAGGACCUCAGUGACUUGUUCUUCUUACAGUAGUCAAGAAAUCUGUUAAGCUGUGGUAGAACUGCAAUCAGUCUGACUUUCCUCACAUCCCACCAUGACCUUUUGAGGAGGAAACAGAUAAACCCACAACCAGCGGCGAAAAUCCCUCAAGAUUCUGUGGAUGUGUUCAGUUCCAGGUAAUCCUUGCCUCCUAAAGUCCCUUUCUUUGUCACAUUGUUUGAAGAAAAAUCUAUAUCUUCCAAAUGCAUGGGUAUCUGUAGCAGCCACUUAAGGUCUUACAUACAGGCUAAAAUGGAACACCUCUGUGUUAUGAUUAUCCUAAAUGAAUGAAGCCAGUUAAGACAUAAUCAGACAGUCAUGUAAUCUUAUAUCCCUGAAACAACCUUGGUUCAGCCUGAUGUAGCAGUAGAGGAAAGGUCAUGGGGUCACCGUAAUCUACAGGGUUCUAUCUCUAAAGGUCAUGAAUGUGCCCAGAAAAGUAUAAAAUAUUAGAAAUGAUAAAUGAUAUUUGACACCAUUCUCUGGCACAAGUGUUUCAGGGAUAUACUUACUUAACAAUUAAAUUAUUGACUGUUUAUUAGGACUGGUAGUAGACAGGAGGCCUAAAGAUAACAAUUUCUGAUCACCAAGUCACAGGUUGAAAUCCCUGGGUGGUGGAGAGUCAGUGAGAAACUCUUUUCUCUGUCCAUUCAAACAGACAAGAUGCACAUGAACAAAUAACUUAAAGCAAAAUUGAAUGGUUGUGUAGUUGCCUGGGUGUGAUGUGAAUCCAUAUGGUGGUGAAAUAUCACCAUUAGUUGCUCUAUGUUCCCUUGGGCUGCUUAUCCACAAUACUGUGUUUCUAUCCCCCCAUUCACUUCCAAAACAGCUCCCAAAAUAACAGUUUGAGCACAUAAACAAUCACAAAAUAAUAAUAAUAAAAAAAAAAAAAAACAGGUCCUGGUGAGGAAAUUAAAUGGCUUUUCUUGUUAUUUUCUUGUUUUCAUUAGAAAGUUGAUCUGGCAAGUAGCAUCUGCAAGACUUGUCUGCAUACUUACUGUGUCAGGAAGAAACAACAUGAAUAAUACUUAAACAAAUAAUUGUAAUUACAGAAAGAAAACAAAAAUGUUAUUUUGGGAGCCGUUUUGAUGCACUAUGAUAGCGAAUGAGCAGCCGAGAGGAGCACAGAGCAACUGAUGAUGAUAUUUCACUACCAUGUGGACUCAUAUCACAGCCAGGGAACAAGCAGCCCAACACUCUACCAAAGUCUAAUUUUGCUUUAACCCUUCUGUUGUCCUCGGGUCAAAAUGACCCGCCACUGUGUUUAAAAACACAGAAAAAAAAACCCUAAAUGAUAUUUUUUCAACUUGAAAUUUGAUGACUUUUCCUAGAUUGACCCCUAUAUUAGAAAAAAUGAAGUGUUGGCUUUAUUCAUAUUUCCAUGUGAGCUGUACAAAAAACUGUACUAAUAUUGUCUUCGGGUCAAAAUGACCCGACAGUUGAAAUCACAGUCACAGAGUCAGUUACACACCACAAACUGUGAGAAUGUUUUAGUUCUGUCUAAUAUUGAUUAGUAGCAUACAUAAAAAUGACAAGAUAUGUGGUCUUUACCAACAGAGGGCACUGCCUGUGACCAGCUCUGACCCAAGCAGGUGGCACUAUAGGUGUGAGUGUCAAGAAAUGCGGGAACAGACAGGCUCUCAAGAUCAAAAUAUAACAAUGUUGCCACCUUGUGUGUGUGUGUGUGUGAGCAGUUUCAGACCCUACAGAGGGUAAAAUGUGCGGGAAAGCAGGUGCAGGAACGUGCAGGGUCUCAUGAUUGAAAUAUUACAAUGUUGGCACCUUGUGUGUGUGUGUGCGUGUGUGUGUGUGUGUGUGUGUGCGCGUGUGUGUGUGUGUGUGUGUGUGUGUUUGUGUGUGUGUGUGUGUGUGUGUGUGUGUGUGUGUGUGUGUGUGUGUGUGUGCGUGUGUGUGUGUGAGCAGUUUCAGACCCGACAGAGGGUAAAAUGUGCGGGAAAGCAGGUGCGGGAACGUGCAGGCUCUCAUGAUUGAAAUAUUACAAUGGUGGCACCUUGUGUGUGUGUGUGUGUGUGUGUGUGUGUGUGUGUGUGUGUGUGCGCGUGUGUGUGUGAGCAGUUUCAGACCCUACAGAGGGUAAAAUGUGUGGGAAAGCAGGUGCGGGAACAUACAGGCUCUCAUGAUCAAAAUAUAACAAUAUUACCUGCUGUCCAAGAUACACUAAUUCUAAGUUGAGACUCUGACCUGGUGGUGGCGCUAGAGGAAGAAGAAAGGGUAUAGGGCCACCAAAAUCAAUAGGGUUCAUCAUCAAGGUGUCAUAAAUAUGUCCAGAAAAUUUGAAAAGAUUCAGAUGAAAGCUUUUAAAGAUACACUAAUUUUAAAAUUGAAAGUUUGACCUGAUGGUGGCGCUAUAGGAAAGGUCAUGGGGUCACCAAAAUAAAGAGGCUUAAUCCUCCUGGGUUCAUUAAUAUCAGAGACAUGGAUAAAUUUCAAUCUAUAUCCUCUUUUGAAAAAAAUCAGAUACAAAUUUUUCAAGAUAUACUAAUUCUAAUUCAAACAUUUGACCUAAUGGUGGCGCUACAGGGAAGGUCCUAGGGUCACCAAAAUCAAUAGGGGUCAUUCUCAGGUGGUCAUGAGUGUGUCCAGAAAAUUGGAAAAGAAUCAGAUGAAAGCUCUUCAUUUUAGGGAAGUUUAGUGAAGGCGGGUCAUUUUGACCCGGAGGACACGGGGAGUAAACAGAAUAUGAAGACAACACAAGGGUUAAGUGCCAAAUGUUGCAAAUACCAUCAGCAUCAGCCUGUAAUUGUACUGUGAAGCUGCAAGUUGUCAGUUCAACUGUUGAGUGUGAAGCAGUUUUGCUGAUGUGUUUUCUAUCAGCUUUCCCUGGGUAAUCUAAGGUUUCACUGAUUGAGUGAUCCUGUUGAGGCUGAGUAAUGCAGCAUCAACUCAUAAUAUAGAAACCCUCUGAGAUCUCUGUGAAUGUUUGAAGAAGACAUUCGCACAGCAAGGCAAAGGAAUUUUAGGAAGAGAGCAUUUCACUGGGAACUGAAACCGUCCUGAACACACCUGCCAUCCACCAGCUGCAACCAAGUCCAGCCUACACUCCUGACAACGUCAUUUUCCUCACGUCUAUGGCUAGUAUGGGCUGACACACAUUGGUGUUCAUUUCCUGCAUCGCACACUGUAUGUUUCAGAACAACGUCAAAAGUUCAGUUUCAAAACUUAAUGCAUUUUGUGGGAAAAAAGCAACAGCUCAAAGAUGCCAUCACUCAGUAUCUCAUUAACUUAAUUAUCAUCAUUAUCUCAUUGUGACUUCAUUUUUCAGCCAACCCGUUAACUGUACUGUAUACUUAAAAACUGUAAAGUGCAGAAUUUGAUGCGUCACAAAUAUUUUUUUAUUACAGUAGCGAUCACUUUUUCCAAACGGUGUGUAUGACAUUUGGAGCUAAACUCUUUCUGUGUGUUUUUGUUGUCCCAAGUGAGAGCCAUGGAUGUGUUGAGAAUGACGAGUCCUUUCUCAGAGUGCACCUGCUUUAGCCAGAUCGGCUCAAAGUGUGAGGACUCAAGUUCAAGUAUGAAACUUAAAUUUCAUUUUGCUUGUUUUUAACAUGUAACAAAACUGAAAAAGUGUUUCAGUCUCUCUUUUUUUCUUACUCCCUUAUUGCAUUUUGAAGAUGUAUGGACUCUGGCCUUUUUGUGUGUUUUGUUUAUGUUUGAUAAACUCAGGACUCCGAAAGGCUUUGUAAUAUAAUUUUUUAUCCCACAUUUUCUGUUUGCUUUGUUGCUUUUUCUAAUGCAGUAGUCACUUAGAGCUUUUUCAGAAUGCACUUUGGCAGUGCAUUUUUAUACUCCUCUCUUUGAUAAAAAGAGCUUUUGUUUACAACCUGUAUGUUUGUAUGUGAGCCUGUGUUUCUUUGUUUUUUCUAUGUGUGUGAAUGUAUGUGUGUGCACACUUGUAUUAUAUGACUAGUACCAAGAAGCUGCCAGCUGGGCCAACCUUCCCUACAUCAUGUACACCAACAUAGUCAACACAAACAAUCCCUCAACACAUUGCAAGAAAGAUCCAUUGUAAAUAUAGAUAUGUUGCAUUCAACUUAUAAUUCUUUUAAGAUAUUGCCAUGCUUUUUUUCCCCAGAAACAUCUUGAAACCAUUUUCAUGUCCAUGAAUGAAGUCAAUGUUUCUGCUCUGCAGGUUUAUCACAGUUUAUUCUAAGAUGUCUUAAGUCUCCUUGUUUUUCACCAUUGGCAGAUAAUUUUGAUAAUUUCAGUUGUUUUUCUCCAAGAAAUGAAAGUAAAAUCCUGAAGCAAGACACAUUCUAAGACCAAUACAUGUCUUCAGAAGGGUUAGAUUAUGCUACAAAAAGAGAAAAAGAAAUUUCCUGAAAACCAGCAAAUUUAUCUUUUUUGGUAGCAAUGUGAAACAACUCAGUUUAUUCUUAGAUUUAUUUAGUCUGCAAUAGUUUGGAUGAGAAAAAUUCAAAUGUGUUUUCAUGCAUGCCACUUUUAUGGCAAAACAUUUACAAUGGUGUAAUUACACAAACUCAAAAGAUGGAUUUUGUUUCUCUCCUUGCAGCACUCAAGACACACACACACACCCACUCACACACGCACACACACACACACACACACACACACACACACACACACACACAUACACACCCACUGCUGAUGUCGGUGCCCCCUGGUGGCUGUGCCUGAUAAUUUUUACUGUUACCUGCUCACUGAGCUCUGCACUGUUCUUACUGUUUACCUGCCUGUCAGACACACAGGCAGGCAGGUAGAGGAUGAGGUUUCCCUUAGUCCUCAUAGCUUCAGGUGGUUCUUGUCGCAAUCUUCUAUUGAAGAACAAUUUUUCUCCGUUCUAAACUAAACAGUGUUUCAUAAAAUGCCUCUGUCUAGUUGGGAUUUUCCUGUAAAAUUUAGGGUUUCAUUCCAAAAUAUAUCCAUUUCAUUUUGAGAGAACAAAUGUUACGUGAUGUUCAUUUCUCUGUAUUGUAAAAACAAAUGAUCACAUCCUCAUACAUUGCUGUAGCAGGCUACUGUUGGUGUUAUUACUGUUACUAACAAGCCAAAGAUAUUGAACAACUGAACUAAUAUUCAGGUUACAAUAGUUAGUGUCUUGUCAAUUUUUCCAAAUUGUGGAUACUUCAUUUUGGGAUGAAACAUUUAUUCUUUGUAUUCAAUGUAUUAAGUCAUUUAAUUAUGACAGUGAUCACCUUAUUUAUUAACAUUGUCAUGUUUAGAACAUUAUCUUCUCUUACCCGUAGAAGUGUUUAUUGGAUCUGCGUUAACUAUGUGAGCUAUGAAUGUGGACUGGGAAACCUCAACCCAGAGUCCUUCUUACCCUGGAAAAACAAACUUCAGAUGUUUUACACCUAACUUUCAUAGAGCCUUCAGUGGAGCUGACCAGAUUUGUACCCUGUUCAAAAGUUAUUAAAGAAAGAUAUAUGAUCUAUGACUCUAA